UUUAAAUUACACCAAGAAAUAAUUAAAAAAUGCACAUCUGAAAUAUGGAGCUGUGCUGGUGUGAGAAUAAUUUAAACAAACACUAAAUAUUCAAGCAGCUUUAAGGCUGCAGUUAGCAUCAAGAAAACAAAAGGAGAUAAAAGAGGAGGAUGUUUAAAAAUAUAGACUUCUUCUGUAAUAGAUUCAAUAAUUUUAGUGAGUGGGUUAGCAAGUUUAUCUUAGGAAAAUUAUCAAAUUGGCAUUCUAUAUAUACUAAAACCAACUGGGCACGAUUAAGUGAGUGGUUAAUAUUUGAAGAAUAUGUUAACAAAUUCUCCAAGUUGGUUAAAUUCCCAAUUGUAAAAUAAUCAAUCUGGUCUAAUUAACGUGCAGUGUUUUCAACUAAAAUUGUUCAU